CUUCAAAUUGGGAAAAAAAUUCGAUAUAUUCUCACGGAGCAAGAAACUGAAGAAAAAUGGCAGAAACACCACGACACAUUGCCGGAAAAGACACAGGUUGUGGUUUCAUAGGGGCUAUUUUCAAUUCCAAGCCCCGGAAAACACGACCGGUAGCGCGACUUGAAGCCUCCAAGGAGCACCGGCAAACUCAAUUUCCCGGCAACCAUACUUCAAAAAGACCACAGCGAGCCCACAGCCGCACCAUCACCACCACGGCAGCCGCUGCGACGGAAAUAGUAUACACUGGCUUCUCAAAACCAGUAGCUAAAAACCCUCCUGCAACACUCCCUAAAGCCAAACCACCCACCGCCGUGAAAAGACCGCCUACCACAGUUAAAAGACCGGCCACCGUGAGAAGUAAUCCGGUUAACUCUACGUAUGAUUCAGUCUCCAAAAGUGCAUUAUACAGUGUUUCACAAGUAACCAAUAUCACAUACACUAAACAACUUCGAAAAGAGCCCAGUUUUACGUCCAGCGAGUUGAGUCUCCGAAUCUCUGUUCGUGGAAAAUCGAACCCAAAUGGCUCCACUAUAUCUUCAUAUCGAGCUUCAUCAAAUCAUGUCAUGGUUCCAGGUCAUUUGGGAAAUCUAAUGAAGAGAAAACCUGAAAAAACACAAUCUUUCGCGGAACUUGGAAACGUCUACAAAAACUCAGAUAAAAAAUGGGAUUCUGAAUCGUUUAAGAACAUGGGUAACGAGAAGUACAAACACGGCCAAUUCGAUGAAGCAAUCGCAUUAUACACAGAAGCAAUUGGGAUGAAUUCAUCAAUCGCAUCUUAUUACAGCAACAGAAGUGCUGCAUUAAUAGGUUUAGGAAAAUUAAUCGAUGCAAUUCUUGAUUGCAAAAUCGCUAUUCGUAUCGAUCCUUCGUAUCAUCGCGCUCAUUAUCGUCUCGCGUCUCUGUAUCUCAGGUUUGGGGAAGUAGAGAAAGCUCUAUGCCAUUACAAGUGUUCAGGGGAGAAAACUGAAAGACAUGAUAUUGCUAAGGUACAAGCAAUUAAAGCACAAUUUGUUACGUGUUUGGAAGCUCGAAAACUCGAUGAUUGGAAAAGACUAUUGAAAGAAAGCCAAUUUGCAAUUUCUUUGGGUGCAGAUUCAGCUCUUCAGGUCUAUGCUAUGCAAGCGGAGGCAUUACUAAAUCUCCAAAGACACGAAGAGGCUUACUCCGGCUUCCAAAAUGCACCCACUAUCGACAUUAAUAUUUCAAGUCAAUUGUUCGGACCAAAGGUCACUGCCAAUUUCUUAGCUGUCCAAUCACAACUUCACUUAGCAUCGGGCAGGUUUGAAGAGGCUGUUAGUGUUUCACUAAGUGCAUCACAACUCGAUCCAAGUGAGGAGGUCUUUAAAGUAGCACGAAAAGCCCGAGUUUUGGCAAAAGCUAGAGCCAAUGGUAACAAGAUUUUUAGGGCAUCACAAUACUCGGAAGCGUGUAAUGUAUAUAGCCAAGGAUUGGAUCAUGAACCAUACAACUCUAUAUUACUAUGCAAUCGAGCUGCUUGUCGAUACAAACUAGGGCAAUUCGAGAGAGCAGUAGAAGAUUGUACCAUAGCCCUAAACUUAAGACCUUCGUACACAAAAGCUAGACUCCGAAGGGCAGAAUGCAAUGCGAAGUUGGAAAGAUGGGAGGCUGUGAUCCAAGAUUAUGAAGUUUUGAACCACGAGACACGAGGAGACAAAGAGUUGGAACGGGCGUUGUUGGAAGCUCGGAUGCAACUUGAGAAGCGACACACCGCAGAUGCCAAAUCUUUAAAACUGAUUGAUAGACAUAACUCGGAGAAAUUUGGAGGCUUUUUACUUGCGCCUAACUUAGUGUCGAUAUAG